GUCAGCUAACUCCGAAACUUUGACUGCUUUUUUUUCAAAGUUUACCUUUAUAUUUCUCGUGCUUUCUGAUGUUUUGACAUACACAAACUCUUGAUAGAACCAGGCGUUCUCCAACGUGUUAGCUAACAAGAUCCAGAUAAAUAAAUAGGUGACAUUUAGACGCGAGAUUGAAGCUUGUAAAGAUGGCUGAAACUGUUGAGAAGAUCAAGAACUACAGGACGGCUCCCUUUGACGCCAGAUUCCCCAACACAAACCAGACCCGCAACUGUUUCCAGAACUACCUGGACUUCCACAGGUGCAACAAGGCCCUGUCUGCCAGAGACCAGGAUACAGCUCCCUGUGACUGGUACCAGAGGGUUUACAAGAGCCUCUGUCCCAUGAGCUGGGUUUCCAAAUGGGACGAUCAGAUGGAGGAGGGAAGUUUCCCAGGAAAGAUCUGAAACCAGCAGCCAUCAUUUAACAGGACAGUCCACUGCAGGACAUUCUGCCUUUUGCACCUUUGCCUCUGUAUUGUGCCUAAGGACAUUUUCAACCAGUUAUCACAUCAUCAUCAUUGAUGUUACUGUUAUUAAAUUAAAAUAAAAACACGCACAACUUUUUACCCUGCAUGUUAAGGUCUUAGUUUUUCACCGUCUCCAUUGUAGACUACUCUUUGGCCUUA